CCCCAGCUGUAAACAUGGCCGGUAUCAUGGCACGAAGGAUUUUACGAAUAUUUCCCGAAUUACGCUCAACUAGUAUCCUUCAAGUCAAGAAUGUUCAGCACCAUCUGCCUUUGUGUUGGAAUAGCCAUGCAGUCUUGGAGCAGAUUACAGCCCCUCGCACAUCAGUCAGCCAGCCGAGCCUUCAUACCAAGGAUCAUUUAGGACUUUGGUACAAGAUUGAACCAGAAGUCCUCAAACAGCUGUACAACUUAGGAGGCAUACCCAAGAAAUAUGCUGUCCAAGCCAAAACAUUCAAUGAAACUUGCCUGAUGGUGAGGGAACCAGCUCUCACAGUGAUUGACCUGAUCAAGCGGUCCAACUUGUCCCUGCCACCUAACAAAUUUUUGUUAUAUGGUCGUGAUGGUGUUGGAAAGACUUUAUCCCAGGCCCAUAUCCUCCAUUACUUGGCUGAAGAGGGCUGGCUACUUAUUCAUCUUCCAGUUCCAUCAGCAUGGCGAAGAGAUAUCAAGGAGGUUGUCCCAUCCACAAGCGUUCCAGGACGAUUUGAUCAUCCUCUUCAGGCGGCACUUUGGCUGCAGCAUUUUAGAUCUCAAAACUCGGAAUUAAUGAAGACACUUCAGCUGGAAACAUCCAUGACUUACACAUGGACUCGCCGCGAAUCAACGGAAGCUGGAUCGCCACUAAUGGCUUUGGUUGAGCAAGGAGUUGGUCGGGCAAGAUUUGCUUCUGACUGCAUCAUGGCUCUUGCAACAGAAAUCAAGAAACAUGCUACAGAUGGCAGGUGUAAGGUAGCCGUAGUCGUGGAUGGCAUCAAUACCUUCUACUGUCCAAAUACCUUGUAUCGCCGAGAGGAUCGAACAAUUGUUGAGCCCGACAACUUCACGCUUUUCCAAGCUUUCAGUCAGUUUUUUGACAGUGAUUGGAAAAAUGGUGUUGUAGUUGGAUCAGUUGACAGGAUGGCAAAUGACGGUGGAAGACGAGAAUCCCAUUUACCAAGAUAUUUGCUAAGACGGAAAGGCUGGGAGAAACUUGACCCUUUCAUCCCCAUUCCCGUCGACAACUACAAUGAGCUAGAAAUGGAAAGUGUUAUCAACUACUAUGUCGACCGGCACUGGCUACAGACAGUGGAUGGAGCCUCAGCAGAAGGGCGGAAGGAAUUAAAGGCACUCAGUGGAUAUAACCCGAUGACUCUUAUGGAAGUGUGCAAUGCCCUUUAAUAUGCGGUGGUCUUGGCCUCGGUGGAUAUUGUUAAUAGUUGUAAAUUUGUAAAGAAUGUUAGUCAGAAGUU